UCUCACUCUCUGAUCAUUCAGUAGUACUGUUUCGUGUUCUCAUAGUCUUCUCUGCUUUUGCGAAUUCUUUUGUAUUUUCUUUUUGGUUUUUUAAAAAUUUUCUCACAGUUUAAAGCUGCAACGGAAUCGCCAUAUUCAGAAAGUGUGUGCGCAGGAUAAGAGCAUGCACACACUUUCCACAAUGAAGCAAAGCAAGAGAGAGAAAGUGAAGAAGCUUUUGUUUGUUCAAUGAGAAAGAGAGAGAAAACAGGGGUAAGGGGAGGAGAGGCAAAGAUGGGAAUCGGUAUUAUGACCGCUUCAUCGAAAGGUCGGUUUCUUUUGAGAUAAAAACAAGCACACUUGAUAAUCCGACCACUCAUGCUUUGGUCCGCGUGCUUUGAUACUUUGCCAAAGCCUCCCCUCCUUAGAUUUCAGGCACCUUUUUGCAGGUUUUGUUCCUUGGUUUUGGAUUCUGGGCUACCCAAUUGGUUUCUUGGGGAUUUCCAUAUUCUGUGAGAUGGGUUUUUCUCCGAAAAUAUGUGAGUUCGUGACGUGGAUUCGGUGAAUUCUCUGGGCUGGAAAAUUAGACUCUUUUGGGUGGGUUGGCGGGUUGAUGGGGUUGUGCAAUUGGGGUUUUUGAAUUUUGAGGUUCACAUGGAUUGCUGGGCGUGAGUACGUGAAAAUGAGCUCUCAUGUUGUGUUGUUGAGGUUGAAGUAGAGAGAAAAACACAUGGCCUUUUCUGGGUGAAGUGGAGGGAGGUGCUCAUGAUGGGCUCUGUUGAGGAGAACAUCAAAGCCGGAGGCCUGGUUAGUGGGACACAAACAACUCUAAUUGAAGAGAUGAAGUUGUUGAAAGAAAUGCAGGAUCAAUCUGGGCCCCGAAAGGCCAUAAAUUCUGAGCUAUGGCAUGCCUGUGCCGGCCCACUUGUUUCCUUGCCUCAGGUGGGAAGCCUUGUGUAUUACUUCCCUCAAGGACAUAGUGAACAGGUGGCAGUUUCAACUAAAAGAACCGCAACCUCGCAAAUCCCUAACUAUCCAAACCUCCCAUCUCAAUUAAUGUGCCAAGUUCACAAUGUUACGCUACAUGCAGACAAAGAUACAGAUGAAAUCUAUGCUCAAAUGAGUCUUCAACCGGUGAACUCUGAAAAAGAUAUUUUUCCUAUACCGGAUUUUGGACUCAAGCCCAGCAAGCAUCCAAGUGAGUUUUUCUGCAAAACUUUGACUGCAAGUGAUACAAGCACGCAUGGUGGCUUCUCAGUGCCCCGCAGAGCAGCAGAAAAGCUCUUUCCACCACUGGAUUACUCAAUGCAACCUCCAACUCAGGAGCUCAUUGUUCGAGAUUUGCAUGAUAUUACCUAUACAUUUCGUCACAUAUACCGUGGGCAACCAAAGCGGCACCUUUUAACAACUGGUUGGAGUGUGUUUGUUAGUGCAAAAAGACUUAGAGCAGGUGAUGCUGUCCUAUUUAUCAGAGAUGAGAAAUCACAGCUAUUGCUUGGUGUGAGGCGUGCAAACCGUCAGCAAACAUCAUUGCCAUCAUCAGUUCUGUCCGCUGAUAGCAUGCAUAUUGGAGUUCUUGCAGCUGCAGCUCAUGCUGCGGCCAACCGAAGCCCAUUUACCAUUUUCUACAAUCCCAGGGCAUGCCCAUCAGAAUUUGUUAUUCCUUUGGCCAAGUACCGGAAAUCUGUAUAUGGAACCCAGAUUUCUGUUGGUAUGAGGUUUGGAAUGAUGUUUGAGACAGAGGAAUCGGGGAAGCGCAGAUACAUGGGUACAAUAGUUGGUAUAAGUGACCUAGAUCCACUGAGCUGGCCAGGUUCCAAGUGGCGUAAUCUUCAGGUUGAGUGGGAUGAGUCGGGAUGUGGUGAUAAGCAGAGCAGGGUUAGUUCAUGGGAAAUUGAGACUCCUGAAAGCCUUUUCAUUUUUCCUUCCCUGACAUCAAGUCUCAAACGGCCUAUGCAUGCUGGUUUCUUGGGAGGUGAAGCUGAAUGGGGAAGUUUGAUGAAAAGGCCAUUUAUCCGUGUUCUUGAAAAUGGGAAUGGGGUUCUUCCGUACCCCACAAUUCCAAAUAUAUGUUCUGAGCAAUUGAUGAAGAUGCUAUUGAAACCUCAACUUGUUAACCCUCCUGGUACUCUUACACCUGCAUUCCAAGACUCUGGUGUGAAGGCAGCUUCAUUACAAGAGGCAAGAAUUAUAGAGGGAAUGAUUAAGCAGCAACCUCCGCCUAUUCCUUCAGAAAAUAAAUUGCUGCAAAAUCAAAAUCAUCCUCAGCCCUGCCUUGAUCAACCUGAUGCAACAAACUCUGAUUUACCAUCACAACCAAAUCUAGUAGGACAAGUGCAACCCCUGAACAAAUUGGAAAAUCAAACACCAUCUGGAAAUGCUGAAAAACCGAACAUAGAACCUGUGCAUACAGCAGAUCAGUUAAGCCAGUUGACCUCUACUGGACAGGGUGAUGAGGAAAAGCUAGCUAAGAGCCCUAAGAAUCCACAGAACCUUGUAAACCAACCAUCAUUGUCUAAUCAGAACAAAGAUCCAUUGCAAUUGCAGACUAAUUCUUGGUUCAUGCAACCCCAUUUGGAAUCCUCAAUUUUCCAUGCCCAGCAAAUUUCUGCACCCCCAUUUGAUUCUAAUCCAAAUGCCUUAUCUCCAUACAUAGACACCGAUGAAUGGAUUUUGUACCCUUCUGCAAACCAAUCUUUUGGUGGGGUUCUGAGAUCACCUGGGCCUUUAUCUACAUUUAGUCUGCAAGAUCCUUCGGUGGUGUUUCCAGAAGCAAUUAACCCAACUCUUCCUUCAAUGGGUCAGGAAAUAUGGGAUCAUCAACUGAACAAUGCAAAAUGUUUAUCCCAAGCAGAUCAACUCCCUCCAUUCCCUCAGCAAGAUCCAUGUAGCCUUAAUUGUAUAUCUAGUUCAAGUGGUUUAAGAGACUUGUCAGAUGAUAGCAAUAACCAAAGUGGGAUCUACAGUUGUCUUAAUUUUGAUGUUAGUAAUGGUGGAAGUACUGUGGUUGACCCUUCUGUUUCAAGCACCAUUUUGGAUGAGUUCUGUACAUUUAAGGAUGCUGAUUUCCCAGAUCCUUCAGAUUGUUUAGUAGGCAACUUCAGUACAAGCCAGGAUGUUCAGUCCCAGAUUACCUCAGUGAGCUUAGCAGACUCUCAGGCCUUCUCUCGUCCAGACUUCCUUGACAACUCAGGUGGUACUUCAUCAAGCAAUGUGGAUUUUGAUGAAAGCAGUCUUUUGCAGAAUAGCUCUUGGCAACAAGUAGCUCCACCACCAAUGCGAACUUAUACAAAGGUUCAAAAAAUGGGAUCAGUUGGGAGGUCAAUUGACGUUGCAAGUUUUAAGAAUUAUGAAGAAUUAUGCUCAGCAAUUGAAUGCAUGUUUGGACUUGAGGGUCUGCUCAACGACCAGAAAGGCUCAGGCUGGAAAUUGGUGUAUGUGGAUUAUGAGAAUGAUGUACUUCUUGUUGGGGAUGAUCCCUGGAAGGAGUUUGUUGGCUGUGUCCGCUGCAUUAGAAUUUUGUCGCCUUCUGAAGUUCAGCAGAUGAGUGAAGAGGGCAUGCAGCUUCUCAAUAGCACAGCAAUUGAAGGGAUUAAUGAUUCUGUCAGAAGGUGACCACCCUCAGGAUAGCCCCACCCGAUUUGCCAUUGAAUAUCUGAUGACAUACUGCUCACUUGCUGCUGCUUGUUCCAAUGGUCAAGAUGGAAACCUUGGCUUCAUCAGGGGCUCAUCAUCAAUCCUGGCAACCUUGGGUGUACACAGCCUCAAGCCAGGCUUAGGCAAUCUGGGUGCCGAAAUGCAAAUGGCUCUAGCUUAGGCCUUUUGUUUUAGCUUUUGUUUGGUUAAAGUUGGAAUGUAGUGUAUGAAUUAUAAAUGCAGUUCUACAUGUGAAACUAGAAGAGGAACCCUUUUAGUAGAUGUAAUGCUAUGGAGGAUGAUGUACGACUGUCAGAAAUUAAAUCCGUUGAUAUUUCUGCCAGAGCAAUUACUUCCUUCAUUUGACAAAGUUCUUAAAUUAAACUGGGCCUCUGUUUAGUUCA